AUGGACUCCGUGCUCGACGGACCGGACGCUGGCAAUGCUUCGGCCGAGGGAUGCCUUCCACGUGAAGCGGUGGUGCACUCACGGAGCCUGCGAAUGUGGACGGCUGGCUGUCCUAGCGUCCGGGGCAGGAGCCCUCACGUCCGAAGAUGCAGUCGCACUCCCCAGUGGUUGGCCCUGAGGUUGCGCUCAGGUUCAGGGCCAAGGCGCUUACUUCAACUUAGCUGUACGAGACGCGAACGAACUCCGCGACGGUCAUUGGCUCGCCGGCUUCAGUUGCCGUGCAUCGACGACGUCAUCAUAAGCGGGAAUCCUGGUGAUCGUGCCAAGCGCUGCAAACUGGCGCUGUCGUCUUUGUCUACCGGCCCGCGUGACUUGUUGGAGCUGCUAUUGAACGGUAGCGGUCAGCGUGAGGUCCGCUCAGGACGCAUGACUCCCGACGAGAGGUGGGCCGACCGUGACCCUUCGUUUCCUUGGAAGAUCGUACACAGGUUUUAGAGCGCGUCAUCGAUCUAGAGCCCAGCAGGAAAAGUCCGAUACAGUAAGACUUACUUUGACAAUUGCUCCACUCGAAGUGUAGCGCUUGCACAGGCAAUCUUCUCUUAUUCACUUACCUAAGCUGAGGUCCACGUGUUAUUCCGUCUUCUGGGCGGAAGGAAACGCCAGAGUUCUUCCUUGCAACCACCAAACGAUAGAAUCCCACAUUCUUUAGCAUUGUCAUGCGUGUCUGAGUCGAGC